AAAUCAUUACCGUUUUCAUUUCCGCUCUUUCUCCGCCAAUGGCGAUGGUGACGAAACUGAACCCGAAGGCCGAGACCGUCGAGUCCGGCGACCGCCACGGCCGUAAGUCUGAGAAUGAGGUGGAGCAGAAUGUAGCUGUCGCAGCAACAAGCGAUUCAAAAACAAAGAGAGUAGUUGUGGAAUUAGGAAAUGGAAGCCAAGUAAUCUACAUGCCUAAGUUUUUAGCAUACGACCAAUCAUGGGAUUAUUUAGAAUAUUUAAACAAAAAUAUACCCUGGAAACGUCCCACUAUUCGCGUCUUCGGUCGAUCCUGUGUUCAGCCUAGAGACAGUUGUUAUGUGGCAAGUGAAGGAUUACCACAGCUAGUUUAUAGUGGAUACCAGCCUCAUGCAUAUUCUUGGGAUGAAUUUCCUCCACUUAAGGACAUUCUGGAUGCUGUCCAUAAAGCUCUUCCAGGAAGUCAUUUCAACAGCUUACUAUUGAAUAGGUAUAAGGGAGGCGAUGACUAUGUGGGUUGGCAUGCUGAUGAUGAGAAACUUUAUGGACCAACUCCAGAAAUUGCUUCUCUUUCUUUUGGAUGUGAACGUGAAUUCUUGUUGAAGAAGAGACCUGACAAAACACCCGGAGGUAAAAUAACGAGUGGUGAACCGCCCAAAAAGCGACCGAAGAAGAAUGGCUCUCCAGACCAACACUCAUUUGUCCUAAAACAUGGCUCGUUGCUGGUAAUGAGAGACUACACUCAGCGGGAUUGGCUUCAUUCAGUGCCUAAGCGCGUGAAAGCAGAUUCUUGCACUCAGCAACAAAAGGAAGGUGGUUUUGAGUUUGUGUGAUGAAAUUUACUAGUACUAGAUCUGUUCUUUUUUCCCCUUCCUUUUCUGCUGGUUGUAGUGGAAGAGCAUCUAUCUUCAGUCCGAUGGCACAAUGAUACGUGCUCCGUGUUCUACACCUUCUGGUUGUAGAGGAAAUUUUUGGGCUUAUAAACAGAGUUCACCGCACAGAAUCUGCAAAUCAUGUAGAGAAAGGUUUAUCUUUUCCAGGCUUAUGAUUGUUAUUUGUUACUAUGUUUUAUGUUGCAAGAAUGAGAUGUUCCACUUCCAGUAA